AUGGACCCUCAGCAACAGUUCUGUCUUAAGUGGAAUAGUUUUAGUAGCAACCUUGUAACUGCAUUUGAUAACCUUUUCAAAUCGGAAAGUUUAACAGAUGUAUCAUUGUUUUGUGAAGGCAAAACUUUCAAAGCUCACAAACUAAUUCUGGCAGCAUGCAGUAAACAUUUUCAAGAAAUAUUUGAAGCUACUCCACUAGGAUCAAGUUUAAUUGUCAUACUUGAUGGGACAUCGUCUACAAACAUGGCAUCGUUACUUGAGUUCAUGUACCGUGGGGAAGUACAAAUAUCUCAAGAGAGGCUCUCUAGUUUUUUAAAGACAGCAGACAAUUUACAGGUUAAAGGCCUAUCAUUUGAGUAUGACAAAUUGUCACUCACAAGUCAGCGUGAACAAGGUAAUAGUGAAAACAAAACAACAAAUGAUUCUUCAAGACCAAAACAAAAUGGAUCCGCAGAAGCUCAACUUCCCUCUACCUCAUUUAAUCCACUCCCAUAUAUAACAUGUCAUUAUCGUCAAACACCUGCACAUUCAGAUCAGCAUCCUUCAUCACCUGACCCCCAAAGAAAUAAUAAACGAGCGCACCAUAACAAUCCCAACUCAACGCCGGUUUCCGAUACACUUGGUGUUCGAGCAUCUGUCUUAAGAGAUGGUUCCAGACCUGAACGUGAAUCUCCUCUUUCUAUGACCUACUCUUCACAUUCAUCAUCGCAUCUGGAAAAUUCUCAUCAGCCCCAAACAAAUAAUUCUGGUCCUGUAGACGCUACUACUUCAUCACAUCAUUACCGUAAUGUGACUACUAAUAACUGUGGAGAAGAUCUGCGAAUUAAAUCUGAACCUGCAACAACGGCACCAAAUUCUGGGGAAUUUCCACAAAUUACAAAUACGACCAAUGAAUGGAAAACACCAGAUAAUGGGACAACACCACCAUCUCCUUCGAAUCACUCGUGGAAGAUAGAUACAUCUCAUAAAAACGUUGUUUCAACUCUAACUCCUGAUGGUAAAAAAUUACAAUGUCCAUAUUGUGAACGGUUAUAUGGUUAUGAAACAAAUCUUAGAGCUCAUAUAAGACAGAGGCAUCAAGGGAUUCGAGUUCCGUGUCCUUUCUGUGCUCGAACAUUUACACGGAAUAAUACAGUGAGACGGCACAUCGCUAGAGAACACAAAACAGAAAUUGCAGUGAAAUCAAAUCCAACAUUUCCGCAAACUGCAAAUCACAAUCAAUAA